UUUGGACCCCAGCUGAGCCGACCGACCACCCCACCACCCGCCCCCCCCCCCUCUGGGGGAUCAAUCCAAGUUUGACGAACAGGGGUCCCGAGCCCCCCGGAGGGACGCCGGUUGGUAUGUGGCUUCGCAUUUACUAGCCCUCUUUUCCCGUAUCGAGCUGGGGUCGAAGUGUUGAACAGCAAGGAUGCGGCUGUGGGACUGAUGGAGUCGUGGUCGACGGGAUGUUUACAGUACCGUCAGCACAUCCUACUCCCCGGUUUGCGGAGACAUGUGGGCAGGCACAUCAUGGCCGCAAUGCUCAGGCAGAAGGAGAAUCUGGUUAAGAGGGGCACUCCGGUAAGACCAGCACAUCCUUCACAUGUAAUGCUGUUUAAUCUGGGAACUAACGUGUCGGUGAAUCAUCAGGUCGACCCCCAGGGUUAUCCUUGCGGGUUCUGUGGCCAAUCUAGCGUGUGCAACAUCGACCUUGUCUAUAACAAAAACUCGAAAUACGGUCAACCGUCGUCUCAGUGCAAACUGUUUCGGUGAUGUGAUGUAGUGCUGUGUCAUGCGUCGUCUUACAAAUGCAGAAGACAUGUGAACCAUGGGAGGAUAACAGGCAUCAACCAUGGCUAUUCAAUGACACAAUAUGAGGAAACAAGCGAUAAAUGCAUCGAUAACCAGCAGGUUGCCGGCCUGAGUGCGUGAUGUGGCAACCGGUCAUUGUAGAUAAAGACACUUUCGAACCGGCCAAUCUAGAUAAAAUCUCUACUUGCAAUGCACAGCAGUACGUGUC